GCGCGCAUCAGACGACAUUACUAUCACAGAGAGAGAGAGAGAGAGAGAGAGACACAGAGAGAGUGAGAGAGAGAGAGAGAGAGAGAGAGAGAGAGAGAGAGAUGGAAUGGAGAAAGUGUUAUCUUGACGCCAUACUCGUGCCAUUAGGGUUUAUGAUAAGCUUGGGCUAUCACGCUUGGCUAUGGCAUAAGGUCCGGACCGAACCGCUCACCACUAUCAUAGGCACAAACACAAGGGGACGACGCUUCUGGGUUUCCGCCAUGAUGAAGGACAAUGACAAGAAGAACAUCUUGGCGGUACAAACCCUCCGGAACACCAUCAUGGGGUCGACCCUGAUGGCCACCACGUCGAUCCUCCUCUGCUCGGGCCUUGCAGCAGUGAUAAGCAGCACCUACAGCGUGAAGAAGCCCCUGAACGACUCGGUGUAUGGUGGGCACGGCGAGUUCAUGUUGGCCAUGAAGUACGUCACCCUCCUCACCAUCUUUCUCUUCUCCUUCCUCUGCCACUCCCUCUCCAUUCGGUUCAUCAACCAGGUCAACAUUCUCAUCAACACUCCGAUGCAGCAAGUGGACCCUGAGAUGGCGUCCAUAGUCACUCCACGGUACAUCGCCGAGCUCCUGGAGAAAGGGUUUGUCCUCAACACCAUGGGGAACCGGCUUUUCUACACAGCGAUCCCUCUUCUGCUCUGGAUCUUCGGGCCGGUUCUCGUGUUUCUUUGCUCGGUGGCGUUGGUUCUGGUGCUGUAUAACCUGGAUUUUGUGAUUGGGAGUGGCAAAAAGUGUUGUCAGAUGGAGGAGGGGACGAGAAAUGGUGACUUAGUAUGAUGGAAGGGAGUGCAUGGAAAGGGGGUUCAGUGAGAGUAAAGGUUCUUUCUGAGGGAUAAAAUGUGGAUACGAAGCCCUGGUCAGCUAAUGUCCUGAGGUUUUCCAUCUAUAACUGUAAAAUUAUUUGUCUUUAAAUAAGUACGUAAUUUUGGACGUGGAUUGGAGUCAUUUAAAACCCUAAAUCAUUCCCUUGAGAUAUUGACAAA